AUGCACGCUGCCUCCAUCUUCCGUCCGACUCUGCUGUUCUGCUGGCUGGCUGCCCCCUGGCCCGCCCAGCCCGAGACCCUUUUCCAUGGCCGGGACCACUCGGACCUGGAGCCAUCCCUCCUGCGACAGGCCCAGCCCAUCGCCGACCUCCGCGCUGCUCAGGGCUUCCUGGCCAAGUACGGUUGGACCGCGGCCCCGCGACCCGGAGACCCGGGGCCCCGCGCCUUCGCCGAGGCCGUGCGCGCCUUCCAGAGCGCCAACCGGCUACCGGCCACGGGGGCGCUGGACGCAGCCACGCUGCGGGUCAUGAACAGACCGCGUUGCGGCGUCCCCGACCCCCGCGGCGCCUCAGGUUUCCAAGGCGUCCCCCGCCCCCGUGGCGUCCCCGAUCCUCAGGGCGCCUUCGACCCCCGUGGCGUCCCCGAUCCCCGCGGCAACCCCGGCCUCCGGAGUGACCGUGACCCCCGCGUCCCGCAGCCCCCGCCGGCCCGGGCCCGUGCGAAGCGCUUCCUGCAGCUGCUCCGUCCCCUGGUCGGCCGGGAGGAGGCCUCCGGGGACAGCGGUGCCACCAGGGCCUUCUCCAAAAGGACCCUCAAGUGGAGGCUGGUGGGCGAGGGCUACAGCAGCCAGCUGUCUGCAGGCGAGCAGAGGUACAUCUUCAGACUGGCCUUCCGGAUGUGGAGCGAGGUGACGCCGCUGGACUUCGAGGAGGACCUGACCAGCCCCGGUGCCCAGAUUGACAUCAAACUGGGCUUUGGGAGAGGCCGGCACCUGGGGUGCCCGCGGGUUUUCGAUGGGAGCGGGCAGGAGUUUGCCCACGCCUGGCGCCUGGGUGAUGUUCACUUUGACGAGGACGAACACUUUACUCCUCCCGCCAGCGACACUGGCAUCAGCCUUCUCAGAGUGGCCGUCCAUGAAAUCGGCCAUGUCCUCGGCUUGCCUCACACCUACAGGACAGGGUCAGUAAUGCAGCCGAAUUACAUCCCCCAGGGGCCUGCGUUUGAGCUGGACUGGUCAGACAGAAAAGCCGUUCAAAAGCUGUAUGGUCCAUGUGAAGGCUCAUUUGAUACUGCAUUUGACUGGAUUCGGAAAGAGAGGAACCAGUACGGGGAAGUGAUGGUGAGGUUCAGCACCUAUUUCUUCCGCAAGAGCUGGUACUGGCUUUAUGAAAAUCGGAACAACAGGACACGCUAUGGGGAUCCUAUCCAAAUCCCCAUCGGCUGGCACGGGAUCCCGGCACAGAACAUAGACGCUUUUGUUCACAUCUGGACUUGGAGAAGAGAUGAACGCUACUUUUUUAAAGGAAAUCAGUACUGGUGGUAUGACAGUGACAAGGAUCAGGCCCACACGGAAGAUGAACAAGGAAACCGCUACCCCAAAUUGAUUUCAGAAGGGUUUCCUGGAAUCCCAAGUCCCCUGGACACUGCCUUUUAUGACCGACGAAAGCGACUGAUUUACUUCUUCAAGGGGUCCUUGGUGUUUGCAUUUGAUGUCGAGAGAAAUCAAGUACUUAAUUCUUAUCCAAAGAAGAUUAUUGACGUUUUCCCGGCAAUAGCUUCACAGAACCAUCCUUUCAGAAAUAUAGAUUCAGCUUACUACUCCUACGCACACAACUCCAUUUUCUUUUUCAAAGGCAAUGCAUACUGGAAAGUAGUUAACGACAAGGACAAACAGCACAACUCCUGGCUUCCUUCUAAUGGAUUAUUUCCAAAAGAGUCUACCUCAGGGAAGUGGUUUGACGUGUGCGAUGUCCACACUUCCACGCUGAGCAUGUAAUGAGAGAAAGAGGGAAGCAGAGACGGUCACAGGCUUGCUCUUCUAAAAGAGAAGGUCUGAUUUCUUUUACAAAGAAAACGAACCAGAUUUUUAGUAACUGAAGCGAACGUGGUUCCCUAAGUUAAAACCCAAUGGAAAAAGCAUUAUUUAAAAAUUUUAAAUACUUUAUUUAAAAAAUCAAUUUUUCAGUCAAACAACUUACUAAAUAAUUCUACUGAAUUUUUAGGAGAGGGACAAUAAAAGCCUCCUGAGGAGCCCUGCUUUGCCUCC